AUGGCUGAGACACAGGACGACUUUGGAGGAGCUGAUGCUGGUGCAUCUAAGACUUACCCCAUGCAAUGUUCAGCACUUCGUAAAAAUGGUCAUGUUCUUAUCAAGGGACGCCCGUGCAAAAUAGUGGAAAUGUCUACUUCUAAAACCGGAAAACAUGGACAUGCAAAAGUAAGGAACGCCUUCGUUAUACAGUGAACAAAGAGAACAGAUCAUGAGUUAAGUGGUUGCUUGUAAGGGGUAAAAUAAAGGAGAACCUUUUAAGUAAUGGUCCAGCUAAGAAGCAGGCAGAAAAACAAUAGCCCGCGGCAAAAGCAUCAGUUAUUUUUCAGGCGCUAAUUUCUCUAAUCAAAUUAAAUCUGAAUGCUCUGAUUGGUCAAUGCAGCGAAAAGCACGAAAUUUGAAUUUUAGAGUUGAAUUAAGAUAGCUUAAGACUCAUUCAAACAACUUUUUAUUUUGUCUAUUGCUUUGUUAUGUUGAAAAAUAUAACAUAUCUAAAAUUUAAAAGAUUUCUAUGCACCAAACCCGAGGAAGUUAAACUGAUAUGAAAUUACGUGAAGAUAAGCACAGUGUUACAUCAAUCAGCGACGUUGGAAACAACAUUUGCGUCGGCCCUCACAAAAGAAAUGUCAAAAACCAUGAUCGUAAACAGCAGCAAUUUACCCUCAUGUGGCGAAUCGGGUGAACGCACCAAUGUCGCGCGUUCAUAUUUGGCCACCAUACAGAACAACAAGUACACAAAAUCAAAUCUAAAUGUUAUCUAAAUGUUCUGCAUUUGGAAAAAAAGGUGAUGUAGCCCAGGUAGAAAAAAUUCCUGCAUGUUCGGAGAAUCGAGUUUCAGAAAAAGCUCUCCUACAGUUUAUCUGUUUACAAGGUUUUGAUAUUUACCCUGUAGAAAUCCUUCUUACAAUCUCUCUCGUCCUUGUAAAAAAUAAAGGCAAGCUACAGUCAUGCUCGCUAGAUCUUCUGUACCAAAAGAAAGUCAAACACCAGUGACAGAUAUUUAUAUGAUACCUAAGCGGCUUCCGUCUCAGAACUCAAAGAUACAAAAUGCAAACUUGUGUCACAAAUUUCAAUUCGGUCAGUUUAAUUUAAGGUGCACGGUGAACUUCCAUUUCACUUGCUGAAGUAGUCUAGAGAGGAAAAGAAAUCGAAUGAGAGAUGGGUAAAGAUACACGGAAUAUGGAAGUUUCGAAAAGGGCAAACACAAUUGUAUAACACAGUACAUAAUGCUCGCGGAGGUGGGAAAAUCUAUUGAGUUCAGCUUACCUCAAGCUCAAGUGUUCUACAUCUCUUCGAGAAAUAAAUUCAUCCUUGUAAAAACAACAAAUCUUUCACUUUCUCCUUUUAUGCCCAGCUGUACUCCAAUUCCUAGUGCCACAAUUAUUCCGAUCUCCUCCUGAUCCGGCAUGACAACGAAAAUAACUACGCCCAGCCUAAUUUCCACAUGGCGACUCGGCAGCAUGUAGAAGACAGCAGCAAACUAUGUUGAAGACCAUUUUGACGAUCAUUCUGAUGAUAAAAUACAGUAAAUUUGAAAUAAAUAUAAAAUGCAGAUUUUUAACGAAGAGAUUGACGAGAUUUCUUCGGGUAAAAGACAAAUUUCCCAACAUCUCAAGUGUCACAUCUAAGAUGGGGUCACAACAAGGUCACACAUGUGUUGCAAGUUUUUCCACUCUAACUUUUGAUUGGCACAUAGAACAAUGCUGAAACUUGGUCGUGAGGUAUAUAACAAGGGAAUGGGGAAAAUUAAGCUAAGAAAAGUUGUUUUUGUCACGUUUCUCACUGUCUUUUUGGCGAUUUUUGGAUUUCUGCCAAUCAGAACGCUUGAUUUAAUUGAAAUUAAUGAUUAAAGUUAGCACCUUUUAAUUGAUUUUGCCGUUCGCCUACUUUCCUCUUACAUGGACCAUUACUUAAAUUAAACUCAUCAACAGAGGUGAGCAUGGGGGGAGGUGCCUGUGAGGUCAGUGAAGCCUGAACUGCAGCCAAGUGCAAUGCGUAACCUUGAUAACCCUGAAAGUGACAUUCACCAAUGUACUGUCACACUGUUAACAAGUGGAACCCAGUUACCAUAGGGGGGAGGAGUAGGGGUAUGCAAGCACGAGCUAUGACAGGUAACAACACACAGCCAUAAUGGCCUGACCUCAAAGGGAAGGUUGUAAAAAACCAGUGAGCCCCUUUGAUGCAAUAAGGGUGUCCCCAGAUAUCUCCUCUGGGAGACUGCUGGCCAGCCAUGUCCUGAGUUUAACUUAGCCUAAAUUUCAUUUAGCCACAUAAAGGCUUCAGCCAUAAUGGCCUGACACAGCCAUAAUGGCCUGACCUCAAAGGGAAGGUUGUAAAAAACCAGUGAGCCCCUUUCAAGGCUGUGCUCUAACGGCGCCCGGUCACCUGAGGCGACUAACAUUUAGCUUCGGGCGACUGAAAAAAAGUUCCCGGUCGCGCGGCCGGGCACUCUUGCUUCUGAUGCAGUGUUCAGUUAAGCAGGAAGAAAAAUUUAACAUACUGGUGUUGGCUUGUUGAGUCAGAGUUUAGCUAAACCCAACAGAAAAUGUUUUUACGAAUAUUGUACGAGAGAAACGGGUGCACGUCGAUGCCGUUCUGCAUGAUUUCACACGUAACAUAAUCCAUCACUUUAAACGUGACAAGCGGUGAGGAUUUCGAUUUGUACCGCUGCUUAAAAUAGUUUUAAAAUUUUUUCUUUCAGAUAGAAUGGUUCAUUAGGUACAGUUUUUAGGAGAAACUGUCAAUACUUUUCUGACAGACGUAAAGUGCGGCAGGCGACGCGGAGUAAUUUAUUUUUGUAGAAAACGGAAGUUGCUGUAUUGACCAGUAUGCAAAUAUAAUGUUUUUACGGUUUUUGGCUGCUCUCAGUCUGCUUGGCUAAAACAUAUUUUAUGAUUGUUUUCUUCCCUUUACAUAAGAUAACGAAAUACAAAAAGAAAAGAUAUAUGAUCGUUCUGAUCAUUUUUAUUGCUGUUUUAGAAACAGGGUAGUUCCACGUUGUCUUGGCAUUUUACGUAUCGAAAACUAAAUUCGCAUGCAGGAUAAAUUUAGCGGCCAAAAAAAUGAAAAAAAAAAUACAGAAAGAAGAGCUGGUUUACGUUUCGACCGUAUGCACGAAAAGCUCAAUUAUCCUAAAAGAUUCAGUGAUAAUAUAGAAAAGAAAAUUAAAUAUGACUUAUUUUUUUAUUAAAACAAUAGGUUUGGGGCCGUGGCGGUUUCACUGUUUCACGGUAUUUUUCACGGGAACUUGAGUUCGAUCAACUGGGUAUAAAACUCCGUCACAUUAUAUUUCAUGCCGCAUUGAUUCACCUUUUGAAAAUUUAUUUUCAAGUUUAGUAUUACUGGUAAAAAGCACAGUUUUUCUAUGUUUGACCCAAAGAUCUUAAUGAAGUUUACGUAAACCUGCUGAAAUUUUUUACUUUUCCCUCUUUAAGACCUAAACAAUUCGGCGGCAUUGCUCACGUUUCUGGUUUUAAAUCUGAAUGGCACGAAAACUUUGAUGGGUUUCAUAAGACAACAUGCGGGUUUUUGUCAAACCCAAAAGCUAAAAUUACCGAGUUUGGUGAUCAGCAGACGAGUAAGAUUCGCGUUUGUUCAAAAUACUUCCUCAUCAGAUGUACUCAGGCGACCAACUUGAGAGGCCUGGGCACCCCAGCUGGAAUGCUUGGGAGCCCGAAAUUUUUAUUUGGGCGGCCAACUUUGAGGUCUGGGCGACUUAAAUAAAAUGCUUGGAAGCCCGAAGGGCUCCCUGAAAUUUUCCUUAGAGCACAGCCUUGCCCUUUGAUGCAAUAAGGGCGUCCCCAGAUAUCUCCUCUGGGAGACUGCUGGCCAGCCAUGUCCUGAGUUUAACUUAGCCUAAAUUUCAUUUAGCCACAUAAAGGCUGGUUUUCACUAGUGACACAUUCAGAGUCAGAGUCGAGUGAAAACAGCGUUCUGAUUCUUCUGAUUCCGCUUACAACUCCGUGGUGGUUUUAUGCAGAGAUAUGUAUAUAUAACAUCUGGGAGUUCCUCAUAGUGUGCUUAGAGAUGCUAGUUCUUUGAACAUAUUUGGAAAAUAAUGAAUCUGGUGCACACCCAGUCAUACAUGUAAAUGCCAUUAUUGGUUUAUCCCUCUGCUUUUGCUCCCGACUCUGACAAUCUAGUUUUCACUAGAUCAUAAGCAGAACAUAAGCGAUGGAGUCUUGAGUGGAGUCUGAAGAAGAUGGAAAUGUUCUGAUUCUUCUGACUCUAAUUCUGUCGCACUUCUGACUCUGCUUAUGACUCCAAUUUUUUAAUUUCACUAGGUCAUAAGCACGCUUAUGACUCUGCUUACGACUCCGACUCCGAUUCUGUCGCCAGUGAAAACCAGCCUUAACUGUCACCCCACAAAGUGGCCAUUGUCCUUAUCUAGAGGGGGUUGCUUACCAGAGACACUAACUACGAGGCAUUGGAAGAAUUUUGGUCUUUUGCAAAGCGGGCAAUUAAUGGAAGGUGGUUUCACCUGGAGAUUUUCUUGUAUUUUAAAUGAUGAAAGAAGCAAGUUGGAAAUGUUACUAAAACAUAAUCCAACAUGGGACUAUAAAAGUGUGCUUUCCAUAACUAAAGGUUGGAUGUCUGCCAUUUUUAUUAUUCUUUUACCUUUCUUCUUAAUUUUUCUGAAGAUUCGGCUGUUUACGUCCCUUUAAACAGGAUUAAUAGGAUUAAUGUGACCUUAUUUAGAAAAACCGGGCUUAAUGAAAUUUGCGUUGUAAUGCAUUUUCAAUGCAUUUGAAUACUGUAAAAUGCAUUGCAAUGUUCUCAAUUGUCUGUAAUGGGUUGGCAACGUUUCACAUGAAUGUGGCCAACUUUGUCAAAUGAUUAAGAAUGAUUUUGCAACGUUAUUCAACACAUUGGCUUCUUUUCAACGAUCAUGUUUUCACAGGAGUUGAUUUGGAACGGAGAAAUCUGUUAUACAAAUAUUGUGGUUUCUAGUCUUAUUUUAAAGAUGAGAAGUGAAGAUGCACCUCUUGAAAAAUGAUGUAUUUCAUUGCAUUUUCAUUUGGUUACAUGGCAACAUUUGCGUCGUCUGACAUAUCCCCAAAAUAUUUCUGUGCAAGUGUCGCUGUUUUUCAAUGGACUGUGGCCUUUUGUAAUAAAGAUAACUUCUGUAUUCAAGAGAAGCUUUAAAGAGGCGUGUAGAUGGUCAAUGUACGCAGUAAGUUAAGUUUAGCACGAUUCCGUGAUUAAGAAGAAGCAAACCGUGCUUUAAGUUUUAUAUUUCAAAAUGUGACCCCACACGCAAAAACUUGACAGACAAUGCAAAGAAAUGAUGUCAAAGUGAAACAUUUUGCAAACAUUUGAAACGUUUCCUGAAUGCUUCUGAGUGACUUUCGAAUGGUUUCCAUUAAGCCUGGUUUUGCCAAAUAGGGUCACAAAUUAUGUUAACUGCUUCUUAAAGAAGGUACAAUGAAAACAGUUCUCAAGACUGUCCAGAAGUUAUCUAGCAUUCUGUGUAUUUAAAGGUACUAAGUAGGUACUUCAGCCCAGAAUUGACCUAAAGCAGCAAUAUCUUUGUGACAUAGCCCCUUUAAAGGUCACUACACACAAGGCGACAACUUGCAGCAACAUGCCACAGCAACAAAUUACUUUGUUUGUACUGGUGUAUUUUUGUAAAACUCUUUGUCGCUGCAACAGAAGUUUGUCACUGUAACAGGUCUCACAAAUUCAAAAAUUCUCCAGGACAUAUGAAGCGAUUCGUCGCUGCGACGUGUUGCUGCAACUAGUCGCCCGACCUGUACACAAGGAAUGAUCUGUCACAGUGAUCUGUUUUUGCAACUUGUCACCUAGUGUGUUCCUACCUUAUGAGACAGUGACUUCUCGAUGGAGGUUCCAUUAUGCUCACAUUUAUUCAUUUCAAUUAAAGGUUCAUCUGGUAGGGAUAGACAUUUUUACUGGUAAGAAGUAUGAGGACAUCUGUCCAUCGACUCACAAUAUGGAUGUGCCACAUGUGUUACGCAAGGACUACCAGGUAUGUGUGAGUUUACACCAACAAUUACACCAACAAACUGAUUCUGCACCUUAAUCCUUUUUCUAUACAUAAUCCUAAUUGCUGGUUUUCACAUGACGUUAUCAAUAUUCAAACUAAAGAAUUAUUGAUCCUCCUGAGUUUUUACUGUCACAGGGUUGUCAAAAUGCACCGGCGACAGGCUUCAUCGCCGGCUACUUUGAAGGUUUCGCCAGCUAUAAAUUGUUGGAGAGAAGCAUAAAAAUGAACGAUUAAAAAAGUUGUGAAAUAGAAAAAGGAAUUGUUUCAAUCACACCCUGAAUGUUCUUUUUCGUGAUUUUUGACGGGUAUUCGAGUCUGCUCCCGUAGCCAUAAUAUGAUACCACGAAGCGAAGAAAAAUAGUGUAGGUUUGUUUUCGUUGUCUUUAAAUAAUCGUUCGCUGAGAAUGAAGAACGAAAGACACACGAAAGCUUUCGAGUGUCUGUUUUUUGAAAAUUUGUCUGUGUUGACAUUCUAUUUUCUAUUUUAAAACAAGUGUGAAACAAACUUGUGGUUUUCGCACUCAUCUGGCACGCGUGUGCGUUUUGAAAUUGAAUGAAAUGUAAUGCGAUGAGUACUUGUCUUUUAUGAAAUUGGCUUACAGAGAUAGUGCAUUCGAAAACAUUGGUUUUAAAAUAUUAUUACACAACCAUUCUCUCAUUCGUUAAGAGUUGUUAUCAGCUUGUCCUGAAUUAUGUCCGGGAUAACACGUCACGUUACUUAAUCACUUCAUCGAAACAACUCUGUGUUGCAAUGAAUCGAAAACGAAUCUUUUGAAGGAUUCAUCAAAAAUAAAUACGUACCAGAAACGGCAGUUUCGAAACUGAAACAAAAAUGUGUUAAAUGUAGUUUGCUGUGACAAAAAUUUUUCAAAUGUGUAGAACAUCAUUUUAGUUUUUUUAUGGAUUGAUGCUGCUGAAAGAGAUGGGUAUGCUUCAUGUGCUGACAGGAUUUGUUAUAAUAUACCCACCAAGGAAAGUUGUCUGAAACUUCAUUCUUGUAGAGAAAAUCGCCCAUAAGAAAAGCAUUUUGCAGCAUCAUAGUUUGAAUGGCGCACGUGGUGAUAACGCAAUGCAACUAAAGAUGUGAUCUGUUAUCAUUGUAAAAAAUCCUACUGUAAAUAGUAAACGCUAUUAUUGUAAACAAAAAUAUAUGGACCUUACUUGUACUAGGACAUAAAAAAAAUGGAUUAAUGAUUUUCAUUCAAAAACAGAUACUUCUCUCGUUAGCAUUGCCCUCAGCUCAGGAGAGCCAAUUUCAGCAAGCAUGAAAACCUCAACUCUGUUUUCCUCCCGGGUGCUUUGCCCCCUGGACCCCUAACGGUGCGCUCCUCCUGUACCCGUGCGGCCCCCAGAGCCCUCGCCUCCGGCCCCCAGUGCCGGUAACUUUCCCUUAUUCUCCUGCUACUUGAAAUCUUUUUAACAACCCUGCUGUCAUGAAGUUUUAGUGCGGGUUAAAACUUUACAAAUUUUCACUUCAAAAGGGUUCCUCAUAUUGUGAUAGCAUAUGCUUGAAUUUUAAGAAGUGUAUGGAGAUCAGUGUGGAGAAUUGGUAUGUGGGUCUUGAAGCUUAAAGGGUUGAUAUUUAUUUUUAAUUAGGAAUUCAUAAGCUGGUAUUCAAUCUAACCUUUAAUUUGAAUAGGUGAUCCUUGCCUUCUAGCGCUUGCUUACUCAAGCAGGCAUCUCUAAUGUAGCAUGUAUCCAAGUAUUACGCUUAAAAACGAAUCACUCUUGUCGUUUUUGCCCUUAAUCUUGGAAAUUCACACAACUUUAAUCACUGCUUUAUCUUCCAUCAGUUGAUAAAAAGGAGUAACAAAAAUUUGGUAGCUACUGAUUACAGAUACUGAACCCCGGAGUGGCUAGUUUUUAGAAAGUGAACGUGCACGGCAGCGGAAAUUGGGUAUAUCAUUUCAAGUAUUUCGUAUUAAAUCACUUUUCUAUUUUCUAAACAAAGCAUUCACGAGUUUCCCACUGUUUUAACUUUCAUUAAAUUAAAAUUUCUGUCAAGUUGACAAGCCCACCCUUGGACAAGAGAAAUUUGACCUCAAACCCAAGCAAUAGAGCCAAAAAGUGGACUAAAUUGAUGAAUUCACACCCAAACACACAGAAAUACAACAAAGAAAAAUCUUCUUUACUUAAUUCAUUGAUCAAAAGGUAAAAUAUAACAAUAUUUAUAAAUUUAUUGUUUACAGCACGCAGUAUUCCAUUUCUCAUACAACCUGUCAUUUAUUGCUUGUAACAUGAUACCAACUUGCUCACGCCAGCAGAAAUUACAGUUCAACCUCCAUCAAGCGGCCACCCUUUAAUAAUUGGCUAGUAAACAAAGUCCCAAAACAAUAGUAGAAAAAUAAUUGUAAAUUAAACUGCUGUUAAGUGGACACAGUCACCUUUUGGCCAUCCUGGCGAGAGUUAUCCUGUUAUGUUUCACCUCUAGUUUAAGCGCUUGAUACACUUAGUUUGGUUUUGUUUUGAAAAUGAUUUGCUCAAGGAAAAUACAGUCAGAGACAGAAGGUGUUAACUGACCAUGGACCAGUAAUGUAUUGCUUACAGACCUUGCUGCCUUACUAUGAGUUUGUUUAUAUUUUCAAGGCUGCAGCCUAAGAAAAUUUUUUGGGAUGUGGGCUCCUAAGAGAAAAACUUGGCAGCCCGAGCCACAUUUCUAGGAGCCCAUUGUUCAAUAAACUUAAAUAUAGGUAAGCAGAUUCUCGAAACUUGAUUCCCGCAUCUCGAAACUUGAUUCGUUUGAGUUUUGAAUUUCCAGAAAAGUGCUUGUUUGUUUACUGUUAUCAGCGGAGAUAUUUUGCCGACAGUCAAUGAACACUUUUUACAUUUUCAUUUCAAAAGCGCAAAGUGAGCAGGGAAUUCUGUUGUUCCUUCACUGAAAGUGAAGGCGCCCAUGUGGGAUCCUUGUUUGAAAUUUUAGUCGCCUGCGAGCAAACAGUUGGAGCCUCUGGCGACCGGGCAUCCGUUAGGCAGCAGCCUUGAUGUUUAUGCCUGCUGGCUACUUCAGUUAUUAUUGAAACCCCCAGGAAUAACCUUAAGUAAGGAAAAUUAUUUUCAGCUCAUUCUGCUAAGUGAGAUGCUGUACAAUGCAUUUAUGUAAUAUCCAAGAUGCCAUCUAGUUUGUUGGCAUGAUUAGUUUUAUGGGCCCAAGAUUGUUUGACUCUAAUAACUUUUCACCGUACAAAGAUGGUCAUAUCCGAUAGCCUGGGGCUAGUGGGUUUUUGCAUCAAGCAAAGUGAAUUCUGUUCUUGGCUUGCCUAAUGGACAAGGGAAGUUUUAGGGGGAAUUCACAUUACACAAGUACGUGUACUUAAAAAAUUGCACUUGUCCAAUUUGGAAAUAUUGAAGUCAUAAAAUUCCUUUGACAGCCAAAUUGGACUUGGUUCAGUUCAGUUUAGUUCAGUUUAUUCACACUUGUAUAUAAUAUUUACACUGUAUGUGGUAACGUAGGAAUUAAAUAACAAAAAAGAGAAAAAAGAAAAGAAUGAAAUUAAUGGCUUUGAUAGAAGUGCACGGUGGUCAGAGGAGCUUAGCUUUUGAGCUAACCUAUAGUGCUAUCGUCCGAAUUUUUAUCAUCCAAUUAUUUCCAAAUUGUACACGCAUGUAGUCCUGUUACAUGUAACAAUUAUUCCACGAGUGUGCACUGGAUAUGACUCGGCUAUAAUCAUCUCAUAUCCAACAAGCGCAAGUGGAAUAAUUAAGCUUGUUUUGUAAUUUUGAGCAGAUGCGUACAGUUACCAUAAUAUUUGGAGACCGUGGUAUAAUGGGUCAUACCAUGAUGGCUAAGCCAAUCAGAGCUCUAGAAUUGCAUUAUCCAAUGAUUACGUUUUAAAUAAAUACAAAUAGUAAUCAAUUAAUUAAUUAAUUAUCCUGCUUGUCAAAACUCUUUUUAGAGCUAGUCAAAAUGACUUGCUUUAAAGGGUAAGCUGUAAAACUGAUUUUCUUGGCACCCUUGUUUUAUAUUCGCUUUUGCUCUUGUCUUUUUUUCCCUCUUUUAUGUAGAUGAAUAACAUUGAUGAUGGCUUUCUAGACCUCAUGGAUGACAGUGGUGAUACUCGCGAGGACUUGAAACUGCCCGAGGGGGACCUGGGUAAAGAAAUCAUGGGUAAAUUUGAAAGGGAUGAGACAUUUUUGGUAACUGUGCUGAAAGCCAUGGAUGAGGAAGCAGUUAUAGCAACAAAGGCACAACAAACCAAAUAG